AAAUCCCUUUCCUACUUCAACCCAACUCCCUGCAAGUAGUCACUACAAUCACAGUUCACAACAGACUGAUCCAACAGACACAGGAGGGGAAUUGGGGUUCGCAAACUUACAACAAUGGCAGCCUCAUUACAAGCAGCUGCAACAUUCAUGCAGCCAACCAAAGUCGGCGUCUCAAGCCGCUUACAGCUCAAGUCUUCUCAGAGCAUCUGCAAGGCCUUCGGCGUCGAGUCAUCGGGAGCCAAACUCACCUGUUCCCUUCAAUCCGAUCUCAAAGACUUCGCUCACAAAUGCACCGACGCUGCUAAAAUCGCCGGCUUCGCUCUCGCAACUUCCGCCCUCGUCGUUUCAGGAGCAAGCGCCGAAGGAAGCCCUAAAAGGCUAACAUUCGAUGAAAUCCAAAGUAAGACCUACAUGGAAGUCAAAGGAACAGGCACCGCUAACCAGUGCCCAACCAUUGAAGGCGGAGUCGACGGCUUCGCCGUCAAACCAGGCAAUUACAACGCCAAGAAAUUUUGCUUAGAGCCGACGUCGUUCACUGUCAAAGCCGAGGGCGUUAGCAAGAACUCCACACCGGAGUUCCAAAAAACCAAACUCAUGACCCGAUUGACCUACACCCUCGAUGAAAUCGAGGGACCUCUCGAAGUAUCCUCCGAUGGCACCAUCAAAUUCGAAGAGAAAGACGGAAUCGACUAUGCUGCCGUCACUGUUCAGCUUCCUGGAGGUGAGCGUGUGCCAUUCCUGUUCACGAUCAAACAACUUGUCGCCUCCGGUAAACCGGAAAGCUUCGGUGGGGAAUUUCUAGUCCCGUCGUACAGAGGGUCUUCGUUUCUCGACCCAAAGGGAAGAGGUGGUUCCACCGGGUAUGACAACGCCGUUGCUUUACCGGCGGGUGGGAGAGGAGAUGAAGAGGAGCUUUCCAAAGAAAAUGUAAAGAAUGUUGCAGCGUCAACAGGGAAGAUCACUUUGAGUGUCACCUCAACCAAACCUGACACCGGUGAAGUGAUCGGAGUGUUUGAGAGCAUUCAGCCCUCCGAUACUGAUUUGGGUGCAAAAGUCCCUAAAGAUGUUAAAAUUCAAGGUGUUUGGUAUGCUCAGUUGGAGUGAUAUUAACUCAAUGUAUUUGUUUUUAUUUGUUUUCUUGAUUCUGAUUUUGUGCUCAAUGUAUAUUAUCAAGAAUUCUUAUAAUAAUGUUAUCAUAUUUGAUUAUUAA